AUGGGUUACUACGAUGAUGAGGGCUCCUACCACUCUGUCCGCCAAGGCGUGGCCAAAGCAGUGGACAGGCUCCUCCCCCAUCACCACCACCACCACCACCAUCACCAUAAAAACAAUAAUAACACUACCAUCACAGAGCAAAUUGAUAUUAUUGAUAUCCACCAAGAUGCUAAUACCUCUCGCCGUCCAGCCGCCCCUGCCGCCGAGCAGCAGCCCAACACUGUCUCCAUCCCCUGUCACCACAUCCGUCUGGGUGACUUCUUGAUGCUCCAGGGCCGACCUUGCCAGGUCAUCCGCAUCUCGACCUCGUCUGCCACCGGCCAGUACCGCUACCUUGGUGUUGACCUCUUCACCAAGCAGCUGCACGAGGAGUCUUCCUUCAUUGCCAACCCCGCCCCCAGCGUUGUUGUCCAGACCAUGCUCGGCCCCGUCUUCAAGCAGUACCGUGUCCUCGACAUGGCUGACGGCUACGUCACUGCCAUGACCGAGACCGGUGAUGUCAAGCAGGGCCUGUCCGUCAUUGACCAGUCCAACCUGUGGUCUCGUCUCCAGCAGGCUUUCGAGUCUGGCCGCGGCAGCGUCCGUGUCCUCGUUCUCAACGAUGGCGGCCGUGAGCUCGCUGUUGAGAUGAAGGUCAUCCACGGCUCCCGCUUGUAA